UGUUCUUUAAGCACCUACUAUGUGCUAUGCACUGUGCCAACUGCUGAGGAUUCAGAAUUCAGAGUGAAUAAGUCAGGACUCCUGCCCUUGAGGCACUUACAGUCUGGUGAGGGGACAACAGCCAACUAACACAGCUGCACAGGUGAUGGAUGCUGUCAUAGGGAAGGUGUCACAGAGGAAUUCCUAACCCAGAUGAUGAGUAAGCUGGGAAAGGGCAGAAGGGGUUAGUUGGGUGAGAGAGAAAAAGAGGAAGAGGUAGGGACAAAGAGAGUGAUUGGGGCUGAGGGAACCACUGGAUCAAAGGCUGGUCAGCCUCUUCCAGCCUUGAUACUCCACGUCCUGUGUGGCUGAAAUGGCAAGUUCAAGGUUGAAAAAGACAUCUACGUUGGCGGUCUCGGGGACUCCCGCAGGUCGGUAGUCCCCCAGCAGACGUGCUGGAUCCCGACAUCUGGCGCCCGAACAGGGACCUGAGUACGAGAGGUACAGUGACGCACCCCAAAUCAAAGGAGACAAGGUAAAGCCGUGGUUCUUGUAGUUCUGGGCUCAAAAUUCAUCUGGAGUAAAAUGGGGCAGUCUGAGUCCAAAAAUAAGUUAAUGUUCACGAAAUUAUUACAUCAAAUAUUAAGAAAUAGAGGUGUUGAUGUAAAAAAGAAACAUGUUUCUAAGUUUUUAGAGAUUGUUUAUGUAUUGUGCCCGUGGGUCCCUGAGGAGGGAUCGUUAGAUGAAUCGACGUGGAGUAAAAUAGGAACUAAGAUUGAGGAAUAUGCCGCCGCUCAUCAAUUUUCCCCGCACGCAGAAUUGCUUUUCUCGGUCUGGCCUCAGCUGCACCAGGCUGUCUGCCUGCCUCACUGCUCCCCUAGUGUUUCUCUUGCUUCUAAUUCCUCUUCUUUCUCUUGCAAAUCUAACCCUGAUGGUGGAGGGGGCGGCAGUAAUUUACAACCUUGCAAUCCUCUAAACGAGCCCGAUUCCACUCUUGGAGUCGGACCUGAAGCCAGAAAUGGGGGAGCUCUGGACAAACAGAUCGGAGCCAGAGCGGAAAUCGGCGCUUCAGAGAGCACGCAGGUAAGGGCUUCAGCUGUGCCCUCAAUUCUUACCCUCAAGGAAUUAUCCAGGCUUCUAGCUUCGCUUUCCAAACCUACUCAAGCUUUCCCUGCUGUUACUACACUUUCCUCUAAGCCUGUGGUGUGCUCUACGCCACGAGAACCUAUCCUUGCAACUAGUUAUGCCUUUGAGUCUAUGAAACAGGGAUUUCCCGAUUCUGACCUCCACCUCGUCUGUCCUGUUAUAGAGGUGACCAAUCAAAAUGGCGAGAUUGUUCGCCAUUAUGAACCUAUUCCACCAAAAUUCAUGAAAGAUUUCAAGGAGGCAGUGACUAAUUACAGACCCACUGCACCUUAUACUCUCUCUUUACUCGAAAAUUUUGGUACUCAAGCCAUGACCCCUGCAGACUGGCAUCGCAUCUCCAAUGCCUGCCUUUCAGGCGGUGACUACUUAUUGUGGAAAGCUUAUUAUGAUAAUGCCGCUUUCGAGUUGGUGGAAAAGAAUGAGAGACAAAGAGUGGGUGUUAAUUUACAAAUGUUAAAAGGUACAGGUGAUUAUGAAAGUGUUCAGGCACAAGUUGCCCUCCCAGAAGCGGCAUUUGGGCAAAUAAAUGCUUUAGCUUUGCAUGCCUGGAGAAAGCUUCCCACUCAUGGAGAAUUUACUGAUGAAAUUACCAAAAUUAAACAGGGAAAUGAGGAAUCCUACCAAAAUUUUGUCUCUCGAUUAAUGUAGGCAGUCAAACGGCAAUUUGGAGAUAGCCAGUCAGCUCAAUUAUUUACAAAACCAUUGGCCUAUGAAAAUGCUAAUACUACUUGCCAGUCCAUUCUCCUUCCUUGGAGAAAAGCUUCCCUUGAAGAAUACAUCUGGCAAUGUGCAGAUGUUGGGCCAGCGUAUCAACAAGGUUUAGCCAUGGCAGCAGCUCAAAAGGGACUUUCCGUGUCAGCCUUUUUAAGGCAGCAACAACAGCAAAAUCGUAGGCCAUCUAUAAAGUGCUUUCGAUGCGGACAGUCUGGUAACAUUGCUAAAAACUGCCCUCACCCUGUUGGUAUUGCUUCCCCCCAGCCUGCGCCGUCUUUCCCUGCCACGCAGCAAAGGCCUCGACAGCCUAGUGAGUGUCUUCGGUGCCACCGUGGCAACCAUUGGGCAAACGAGUGCAGAUCUAAGAGGGAUGCUCAAGGAAAUUCUCUUCUCC